AUGGAGUUUUACGAGUCAACUUAUUUUAUUGUCCUGUUCCCAAUUGUGGUGAUCACAGCCCUCCUGCUCUUCUUCUGGCUCUUUAUGAAGGAGACAUCAUAUGACGAGGUCCUUGCCAAGCAGAAGAAAGACCAGAAGCUGCCCCCUGCUAAAAUAGACAAAAAGAAAACCGACAAAAAAAAGAACAAGAAGAAAGAAACUCAGAACGGAAACCUUCAUGAAUCAGAUUCCGAGAUGGCCCUACGUGAUUUUGAUUUGGGAGAUGCUCUGCCCAGCGAAGAGGAGCACGUUGUUCCUGCUGCUAUAGUUCCCGCAGAGACCAUUGGCAGUGUCAGGGAGCGCAAGAAGAAGAGAAAAAGCCUCCAAAGCCAGUGGUCAAGGAGCCGGUUACUAAGGAAGUCAAUGGAACAAAGAUACCUGUAAAGAAGCCGGAAUCUGUUCCUGUAACUAAACAGCCAACUCCACCACCUGAAACGACUGGAUCCAAGAAGAAAACAGGGCAGAAAAAGCAGAAGAAUGGACAAGAUGACACCCCGAUUAGCCCAGAACCAAAAAAUGAACAGGUGGUGCCGUCCAAGAAGCAGGCAGCGGUCAUUCCGCUGGCAGAGGUGAAGCCACAGGAAUCUGGGUCAGGAAAGAAGUCGGCUCCGAAAAAGAAACCGAAAACCGAGAACCCACUGGUGAAUGAGCCGCUUAUUAAGCCCACUGUGUAUAUCCCCCUGAUGGACAACUCUGAGCCACCUCUGGAAAAGAAGGAAGCUGUCAACUUUGAGAAGGUGGAGAUACCAGAAGUGACCCACAAGAGUGGCGGUAAGAAGGGCAAGAACGUUACCGACAAAGGUGAGCACAAAGAAAAUGCAGAAGUGAAGUUUAAGGAUUUUGUUGCAACCUUAAGGAGCAUGAUUUUCUCAGAUGACGAGGCUAUGUCUGUGGUGGCAAUGCUGAAAGAUAAAUCCAAUUCUGUAAAGGACAUGGUACAUAAGGCUAAUAAGGGAGGCCCAGCUGCUGCAUUGCAGUUACAAGAGAAGGAGAAGCAGCUGUCUUCUGCCAGGGAUGAGGCUGCAAUCAUCAAGGAGCAGUGCAAGCAGCUCACACAGGAAUUGGUAGCUGAAAAACAAAAGUCAAAUUUGGUUGAAGUAAAGGCUCGGGAGCGGAUCAGCGUGCUGGAGAAGGAAAAUGGAGUGUUUCAAAGCAAAUUACACAGCAGUUUCCAGGAUGCUCAGCAAAUGCAAGUUAAGUUUCAGCAGGUUCGUGAGCAGUUGGAGAACCAGCUUGCCCAUUUGAAGCAGGAGAAUGGUAUCCUAAGAGAUGCAGUGAGCUCAGCCACCAAUCAGAUGGAAAGCAAGCAGUCUAAUGAGCUUAUUAAGCUGCGUCAGGAUUAUACCAGGCUCGUGAAAGAAUUGAAUGAUAAGAACAGCAGUUUGGCUCAGGAGGAACAGCAUAACAAGAAUCAGGAGCAGGUGGUGGCAGGGUUGAAGGCUAAGAUACAGGACGCAGAAAGAAGAUGGGAAGAAAUUGAAUCAUAUCUACGGAAACGAGAAUCUGAUGCAGAAAAGGCUCAGCAAGAUUUUCAAUCAAAGCUUAUUGCCAAGGAUGCAGAAAUUCAGAGUCUACACAGCAAGCUAACGGACACUAUGGUGAGCAACCAGCAACUGGAGCAGAGACUCAUGCAGCUCAUGGAGGCAGGGCAAGAUGACAACCUUCAGAUUCAGGUGCAGGAUUUGUUGAAGCAAAAUGAAGCACUGAACGUCCAGAUUCAGAAAUACCAUUCCCAGGUGCAAGCUCAGUCUUCUGCAUCAGUCAUUGUGGAGGAGUUGCAGAAAACAAUUGAAGAGAAGGAUAAGGAGAUGAAACAGAUGGAGGAGUCUCUGUCUCUGGAACGUGUUAGCUUUGCUAACAGUGAAGAAGAGCUGAAGGGUUUAAGGAAACAGAAUGAAUCAAUGAACAUCCAGAUUCAAAAAUACAUUUCACAAGUGCAAACUCAGGCUUCAGCCACGGUCCUUGUAGAGGAACUGCAAAAAAUCAUUGGAGAAAAGGAAAAGGAAAUAAAGCAGAUGAGAGAUGCUGUGGCUCUUGAGCAAGCCAAUUUUGCCAACAGUGGAGAGGAGCUAAAGACACUACAAAGAGAAAACAUAUCUUUGAAAUCUGAACUACAAAAAAUUCAAACAGUAAGGAGUGAGCAGGAAGUUGCUUCCCAAACUUUAGAACAGUUGGAAAGAAGUGUUACUGAAAAAGAUGAAAAAAUUACAGCACUGGAGGAGAGACUAGAAGCUCAGUUUGGGAAAGAAACCACCAACCUUGAGGAGCACAAGGUGCUACAAAGUCUAAAUAAUGAAUUACAGGUACAAGUAAAGAAACUGCAGGAACAGUUACUGGAUCAGGCAAGCAAAGAAUUACUCGGGCAGAUGGAGAAGAGUAUGCAAGAGAAAGAUGAAAAGAUCAAGACGGUUGAAGAACUUUUGGAAACUGGACUGAUACAGGUUGCAAACAAGGAAGAAGAAUUGAGGUUGAUGAGAGAUGAAAAUGCAUCUUUAAGAAUGGAUGUGCAGAAUCUGAAGGCUCGGCAUAAUGACCAGGUAGCCUUGUCAUCUGUUGUAGAAGAUCUAAAGCACGUCAUCCAUGAAAAGGAUGGCAAAAUCAGGUCUGUAGAAGAUCUGCUCCAAGCUGAGCAGUUACGGGCUGAUAACGAGGGAAAGACUGUACAGGCAUUGACUAAAGAAAUUGAAGCACUGAAGGAAGCUUUAGGAAACAGCCAGCUUGAAAAGGCUGAACAGGUUUCCAGUAUUGCACAAGUUCAGGACCUUCAAAAUCAGUUGAAGGGGAAAGAAGAGGCCUUAAAGAAGGAGGAAGAACGGUUUAAUGAACAUGAGAAACUGAUUCUUGAGAAGGAAAGGCAGAUUGAGGAUUUGCAGAAGGAGUGUUCACAGUUGAAAGUCCACAUUGAAGAAGUCCAGCACAGACUACAACAGCAAGAUUCUGGGUCAACAGAAGCACCGAACCUUCAGAGGAUAGUGAAACAGGAUCAAAAAAUAAAGGAUAUGGAGGCAAUAAUACUGGAGAGAGAGAGAGGAGCAUUGCAGGCACAACUCAGGAACUAACGGGUCUGAAAAAAGAAAAUGAAAUUUUGAAAAUUCAGGCCAAUGAACUGCAAAAAAAAAACAUGAUCAACAGUUGCAACAGGUUUCUUCAGUUGCUCAAAGUGAAGAGCUAUUAAAAGCACUCGCAGAAAAAGACAGAUCUAUAACAGAGCUGUUAAGGGAAGUGGAAUCUCAAAAAGCUUCAGUAGAGCAACAAAGGAAGAAGAAUAAUGACCUUCGGGAGAAAAACUGGAAAGCAAUGGAGGCAUUGGCAUCAACUGAAAAAAUGCUACAAGAGAGAGUCAACAAGACCGCCAAGGAGAAACCACAGAACCUUCACACUGGGGAAAUGGAAGCACGAGAAAUCCUGCAGAAAAUCUUCCCAAAUGUGUCUGUUUCUUCCAGUUUGCAUCAUGGCGAAUGGAUCCAAGAAUUUGAGAGGUUGGCUAAAGUCUGUUUAAAUGAAAAUGGUGGAGCUGAGAAAGUGAAGACACUGGAGCAGAAGCUGAAGGAAGGAGAAGAAAUCCAUAUACUGCUGAAGCUCGAGUGUGAGAAAUACAAAUCGGUGCUGGCAGAAACGGUAAUAUAUCCUGUGGAAGGAAUUCUGCAGAGGUUGCAGCGCAGUGUGGAGGAAGAGGAGGGACGGUGGAAACUAAAGCAGGAGGAGUCUCAGAAUGAACUAAGAGAGGCAGCAUCUGCAGUUCAAUUAUUGGAACAGGAGGUUGACAAACUGAAAAGACGAAAUAAGGAUACAGAAAAUUUGCUAAAGGAGAAAGAGAAUUUGGAAACGGAGCUGGAAAAGGCAGAGCUUGAGAGAACCACCUAUGUGUCAGAAGUCAGAGAGCUGAAGAGUCAACUGAAUGAUACGCUAAGGAAACUGGAAGUGGAGCAAAGCGAGCGUCAAAAAGUGGCCAGUGAUUUACACGAGGCACAGAAAUCCCUGGACCUCAUUCAGGUUGAAAUACUCAAGGGCUCUGGAGACUCCAAUGUCAUAGAGAACAGCGGCAUAUCUCUCGAAAAGGAGGAGCAGGACAGAAUAGAGAAGAUGCCACAAAGCUUAAGCCAGACUGUCACACAAUUGCAGCAGUGUCUUCAGGCAGUGAACCAGCAACUCACAAAGGGAAGAGAAAACGUUCAGAUUAUAGGU